AUGACCUCACUCCUCGGCAACACUGCCACCGCGAGGUUCGAGCUCCCAUCCACGGACUCGCCGUGGCAAGUCGCCUUUGGAGCGCCAAGCAAACUCGGCCGAUGCCUGUCUCCUCGCACAUUCUUGGCGUUCCGUGUCCUCCUUGCUCUUUUCUGGACCGGCAUCACAAUCUGGAGCAUGGUGGACCACAAGGCCAAUGACCUCGAGACGGCGCCAGAAUUCUACAUCUACCUCACCAACUGGAGCCUUCUCAUCGAGUGGUUCUACCUCGUGUCUGCGACAUUCGUCACUCGGAUGGCACUCCGCAACCCAAAGCGAACUGCGCUGGAUGGCGCUCCAUCAAAGACGCCGCUCUUUGCGCGCAUCACGUACGCAGCACAGGUCGAGACCUACGUCCUCUCCUUCUUCGUAUUCGUGCUCUACUGGGCGCUCGUCUACGAUGGCGGCACCAUCCAUGCUCUCUCGGUCUUCACCCACGGCGUCAACUUCCUCGUCGCGCUCGCAGACUGCCUGGUCGCGGGCAUCCCAAUGCGCCUCGUGCAGUUCUGGCUCCCCUUCGUCAUCUCGAGCACGUGCGUGAGAGUAGAGUAG